AUGAAGCAGAAAAUUACCAAUAUUCAAGCGGUCCCUGAAUUGCCUGCACAUCAACAACUCUUUCUGAACGACACUCCAUUUGUCGUGAUUCAUACAUCUUUGGUUGAAAAAUUUGGAUUGCGUAUCGGUUUAGAAAUUGAAGCUGAGAUCAUCGAAAAGUUAAUUGCGGCUGAUGAAGUGAUGCGUGCGAAGAACUACGCGCUCAGGUUACUCCGCGAAGAGAAGGAUAACCUCGCAGUAGACGUAGACGGGUCAGAGGAUCCUCGACCGGUAGGAAAGCCUAAAAUUUAUACCAAAAAUGAGAUGGAACAGCGACUUGAGCGAGAAGGCUUCUCAACCAAAGCAAUUGAGACAUCUAUUGAAGAGUUGAUUCGUUCGGGACAUAUUCGCGACCGGAAGUAUGCAGAGAAUUGGAUAGUUCGUAGGCAAAAAUCCAAUCCACGUGGAAAAACGUUGCUUAAGAACGAACUUGUCGGCAAAGGCAUCGACCGAGAAACAGCGGAACAAGUUGUAGCGAAAGUAGAAACUGAAGAGGAAACGAAAGUCGCCCUCCAGAUUGCCAAAAAACGGGCGAAGCAGUAUAAACGGCUGCCGAUCCAUGUCGCUAAACGUCGAUUACACGGGUUUUUGGCACGGCGUGGGUUUAGAUCAGAAACUGUUCGACACGUACUCGAGCAGAUUUUUUAA